UAUAUUUCUCAUAAAAAACAUAAGCAAGUGUCAGUUUAGGAAUAAUUUAUGCAUGCAAUAUAAAUAUUGUAAGCACAAACGAUCUUUACGUAGAGCAUCUGAGCUUCACAGAAAGUUAAUACAUAUUAAGAUUAAAAAUACCCUUAAAUUAUUUUGGAUUGCUGAAAAAUAAGGUUGAUCUUGAUAUCUGACAUUCUAAUGACAUCACAGGAAAUUGGUCAGUUUGAUCUUUGAUUAAAUAUUGCGGCGAGCUUAUUGGCGAAUGCAUCACGCGCACGAUUUUAAUUGGACUUAAAUAAAUUUUCUUUGUGGCUUUGUGCAUAAAAUGAAGAAUGAGAAAAUCGGUAUUAUAGGCAGUGGCCUCAUCGGACGUGCCUGGUCCAUGCUAUUCGCUUCUGUCGGGUACAAAGUAAUGCUGUACGACAUAUUGCCCGAGCAAACUAGCAACGCGUUAAAGGAAAUUGAGAAGGAACUGUAUGCGCUCCAAGCAAAAGGAGCUCUCCGCGGCACACUCAGUCCAGCUGAGCAGUUUAGUUGUAUCAGCGUAACCACUGAUAUAGGUGAACUGGUAAGCAAUGCCAUCUAUCUGCAGGAAUGCAUACCGGAACGUCUUGAAUGGAAGCGUACGCUAUAUACAGAGCUAGCUGACAUUGUCUCUUCCGAGACGAUUAUGGCUAGCUCGACAAGCACAUAUAUGCCGUCGCUCUUUAGUGAACAAAUGAAACAGCAUCGUGAGAAAGUGCUUGUUGCGCAUCCACUUAAUCCACCUUACUACAUACCGCUUGUAGAAAUUGUACCUGCACCUUGGACUAAAGCCGAUGUGGUGGCACGCACACGUGAGCUCAUGUUGGAGAUUGGCCAAAAACCGGUGACACUCACACGACAGAUCGAGGGUUUCGCCACAAAUCGCAUACAAUAUGCUAUACUCAAUGAAGUUUGGCGCUUAGUUGCCGACGGUGUGGUGAGUGUAGCCGAUGUAGAUCGUGUUGUGACUGAGGGUUUAGGCUUGCGUUAUGCACUUUUGGGUCCGCUCGAAACCGCACAUUUGAAUGCCGAUGGUGUGUCGGAUUAUUUUCAACGUUUUGGCGCUGAAGUUUAUGCUGUAAGUCAGACUUACGGUCCGACACCCAAGAUGGAGGCCGGUGCAACUUUGUCGCAGAUUGCCGCUGAGUGUGAGGAUAUGGUGCCGAGAGCGCAAUUGCAGACACGACGGGAGCAACGCGAUUGCUUUUUACGUGAACUGUGCGCGCUCAAAAAACAGUUAGAGUAGCAGAGAUUGUGCUCGUAAAGACUGUUGGAUAUGUUAUUUAUAUUAAUUAAAUAUUUUAAAAUAUUAAAAUUUAGUGUAUUUUGUUUCUUAGUAAAGAGAAGAAAGUUGGAAGUAAUA